CCUCGCCUCGCGGCCUGUGCGUUUAACGAGCGGCGCGCGCAGCCGGGGGAGACUGAGGGGAGCUGCCGCCGCCGCCUUCCGGGGAGUGGGAGUCAGCGGGGCCGGAGCCGGAGCCGGGCGCGGAGGGAAUGAGGCCAGGGGCUGUCGUCGGAGCAGCGUCCCCGUGAGCAGCGCGGGACCCGUCGCCGCCCGAGAGCGAAAGGCGCGCCCGGCCCCCGCCGCGCAGGGCAGGGGCAGCCCCGCCAGGGAAGCCAUUUGUGCCGCCCCGGCCGCCCCCUCCCCCACCAGCCGCCGGGCCGCCGCCCUGCCGGGUAGCCCCGGCUCCCUGCUGCACAGGCCCGCGGGGCCCCUGAGCGAGAGCGGCCCGGGCAGGGACGGGGGAGCCCGCAGCGGGCGGCGGCCGCGCUCCCCAUGGCGAAGAAAACGUACGACCUGCUCUUCAAGCUGCUGCUGAUCGGGGACUCCGGCGUCGGCAAGACCUGCGUCCUCUUCCGCUUCUCCGACGAUGCCUUCAACACCACCUUCAUCUCCACCAUCGGGAUAGACUUCAAGAUCAAAACAGUUGAAUUACAAGGAAAGAAGAUCAAGCUUCAGAUAUGGGACACAGCAGGACAGGAGCGAUUUCACACCAUCACCACCUCUUACUACAGAGGCGCCAUGGGAAUUAUGCUAGUGUAUGACAUCACUAAUGGCAAAAGCUUUGAAAACAUCAGCAAAUGGCUCAGAAACAUAGAUGAGCAUGCCAAUGAAGAUGUGGAGAGGAUGCUGUUAGGAAACAAGUGUGACAUGGAAGAUAAGAGAGUUGUACUUAAAACAAAAGGAGAACAGAUUGCGAGGGAGCAUGGUAUUAGGUUUUUCGAAACUAGUGCAAAAGCAAAUAUAAACAUUGAGAAGGCAUUCCUCACAUUAGCAGAAGACAUUCUUCGAAAGACCCCUGUAAAAGAGCCCAACAGUGAAAAUGUAGAUAUCAGCAGUGGAGGAGGGGUGACAGGCUGGAAGAACAAGUGUUGCUGAACGUUCUCCUAGAUCACCAAUCGCCGUCUACCCCUUCCCCCCCCCUUUUUUUUCUCGCUGCAAAAUAAACCACUCUGCCCACUUUUAACCUUAAAUGAAUGUUUUGUUCCUCAUCUUAACAAAGCUCCAGCCUCCCUUUGUUCUUCCAUUUAGGACAGCUUGCUGACUAUAAUUUUCUCAACAUGUAUAGAAAAAUCAUGUCUGUGACUUUUUUUUUUUUAAAUGUAUCUGCUCAACUCACCACUACAUUUUGGUUGUAUUAUAGUCCCGUUCUUGACAUUAAAACUUAUAGCAAUCAUUUCAACUCUAUUCUGCAAAUUGUAUAAGAAUAAAAGUUAGAAUUAACACUUUAUUUUGUACAACAGUGGAAUUUUCUGUUAUGGAUAAUGUGCUUGAGUCACCAUAUUCUAUAGACAUGCAUCAGCAAAAAAAGCCAGGAAAAAAAAACUCAUUUUCGCCUUGAGUAUGUAAAUGGGGUUAAUUUUGUCCUGUGCCUUAUGUGGAAAGGAACUUUUUUUUUUUCCUUUUUUGUUUUGGUGGAAGCAUGUGCAGGAGACGUACCAUCCACACGUGACCAUUUAAAAAUAUUAAACUCUUUUGUGGUUGCUUUACUGUGAUUGUUGGUGUAGUGAAUAGAGGACAAAGAGUGGUGCAAAGAUCUUAAAUUUAUCUAAGUCUCCUUUUUGGUGACCUAGCCAUUCAGAACUGUUCCUGCUGCCAUUUUUUCUCACUGGCAACUUCUUUCCUUUUGCCUGCAUGCUGCUUUUAUUUGCUUUUCUUCAUGGUGUGAUGUGUUAACUACAAGAUGGCAACCUGGUAUGGUUGCCAAAGUUAAUACAAAGCACUGAUUGAGCUUUCAAGGUAAAAUGUUAUGCCUACUAAUUUCCCUCUAGCCAAUGUCCGUUCACUAGUAUCUUCCCCCUCUCUCCUCCUGCAUAGCCAAUGGGUUUUAUGAUAUGGAUGAGGUAUUUGCAUGCACUAGUUUUUGAUGGAGGGUGAUGUGGUUGUCUACUUUCUGUGUGUGUGACUAUAACAUGCAGUUCCCAAACUGACAACAGUUAAUAUGAACUUAAAGUCUCUACUAUUAGCUGCUCGAACAGGGCAUUUCGUAGCCUAGCAAAAGGUUAAGUAAACUAGUCUUUUAAAAACAAAAAAGAAGUUGGCAGUUGUGUUGAAUUAUUGCCUCCCCUACAACUUCCUCUUUUUCUGAUGUUAAAUUCUUUACGAUGAUAACAUUUAAUUUGUUCUUCAUGGUCAUUCUCGAGCUCAUCAUUUAAUCCUGUUGGAAGACAGCAGGUGACUCAUGCAGGGAGGUAGAAUUGGGAUCCCUGUGUUUUUGUGCACCCAUGGGUGUUUAACUUUUCUGCUUCGCUUUCAUGCUUCAUCUGUAGAUAAGGGUAUGCUAGCUUUGCUAUUUUCCCAAAAAGACACCUGUGCUGAAAUCAUGGAUGGCUUCAUCCAAUUCUAGUGGAGAAGAGAGUUGAAGGAGGACCCCAAGCUAAUUUAGACUGCUCAUGUUCAAUUGGGUGCCUUGUUAAGGAGAGCAUUUUAACGUCCAGCUGGCUUGCAUAAAAACAGUGAAGGAGGAUUCUCCAGCAAAGAACACACAUGAAAGUUUCUAGCAGAACCCCAAAAAUCUGCUUUUCUCUAUCUGACUGGCUUGGCCUGACCUUUGUGCACUUGGUUGCUUGAUCUUCCUCCACUAAAUAGUGAAAUCAGCAAAUGACCCUGACUUGACUUGACUUUAAUGAAAUGAGUCUUUGAAGGUUAGAUUCUUGUUUUGACCUGCUAUCAGUUUAGUAACUUUACGGAUGUGUCUUCCUGGUCCUCUCUGUUUUGGCAGUUUCUCUCCUUUGUACUCGUUCACCCUGCCCAGUUGAGUGGCUGCUGGGGGAAAAAGCAAGAAACGGGAGCUCUAGGUGAUGAAUUGACACUGUUUUUGUUUCUCGCGUAUUAAGCAUAUUGAUCAGCAUUGUAAAUAGACAGAAUAUGGCUACCUUUUUGUUAAAUCUGCACUUUCUAACAUUAUCAAAAAAGGGAAAAUGGAGUAUACAUCAAUUUUUGUAUGGUCUGUUUAAAACAUGGGGUCUUUAUUUGCUUAAUGGGGCUUAGCCCACCUCUGUAAGUCUGUUGGGAUCCUUUGUAGAAGCCGUGUUCAUUAAACACCGAGCAGUUAGAGAACAGUCCACUCUCUGAUACAACUAGCUACAAAUUCAGUUUCAUAUUCUACUUAACAAGUUAAAUAAACUGAAAUAUUUCUAGAUGGUCUACUUCUGUUCAUAUAAAAACAUGAUUUCCAA